CUCGCACGCGGAGCCGGUCGCCAUAUCGCGAAGUCCGCAAGCCCAAGCAGUAUUCAGGGGAUGAGUGGGAAUCUCAGAGAGAGGACAGUACUGCCUCACGGAAUCACAGGAGGAGGCCUUCUAUUGAACAGUGCAGCCAGCUUCUGCAACCUCUCAUCCCCGUGGUGAUAAUGUGAAUGAAAUACCCGAGACACCAGAAGAGCACAUCCCCGCCGAGCCCGUUGACGAAGCAGCCCAAUUAGAGGCCCGCCGCAAACGGCGCGAGGCAAUCCGGGCCAAAUACCGAGGCCAGGCCACCCCGAUGCGGCUGCAGGCGCUACACAUUGGGGGCAGCCAAGAUUCGUCCACCCCGAGCGUUGAUACCGCUGCGUCGACCAGCGCUGUUUCUGAAGCAGCGCCGCUGUCGGCACCCCAGACACCUGCUGAUAGUCCAGGGGAGUCGUUCACCGACUUCAAAAUAGGCAAAGAUGCUGAUCUAAUGAACAACGACGCGCCGGUGAACGGUGUAGAUAAAGACGAACCAUCUGCAGCUGACUACGACCCUACUUUGGACAUGAAAGCGGAAAAGAAGAGGCAUGGUACUGGCGGUGUGAACGAGGAGCUGUCUGCAGCGUCCUAUGAUGAAACGCAGACUUCCCGCCAGGACAUCCUGAUGCCUGACGCAGUCCAACCCCCCGAGCCUAAAGCGAAGGACCCAUACGACAUGUUCGCGGAAGAUGACGACGACGAUAUGUUCGCUGAAGACACACAGGACACCGCGCAGCCGACGCAUGCAUCGGCCAAGUCGGCUGUCCCGCAGCCGAAGGAGCUCGACAUCAGCAUGAUGGACAACUGGGAUGAUCCGGAAGGCUAUUACAAUGUGCGGCUCGGUGAGUUGAUUAACGGGCGAUACCAUGUCCAGCAGAACCUUGGCAAGGGCAUGUUUUCAUCGGUAGUACGCGCCACCGACUCCAAGACUGGCGGCUUGGUUGCGAUCAAAAUCAUCCGACAGAAUGAUACGAUGAAAAAGGCCGGCAUGAAGGAGAUUGGCAUCCUGGAGCAGCUUCACGAGGCCGACCCGGAUGACAAGAAGCACGUGAUCAAGUUUGAGCGGCAUUUCGACCACAAAGGACAUCUCUGCAUGGUCUUUGAGAAUCUGAGCAUGAACCUGCGUGAGGUCUUGAAGAAAUUCGGACGCGAUGUUGGUUUGAACUUGCGGGCUAUCCGGGCCUACGCCCAGCAGAUCUUCCUCGGGCUCAGCUUACUCCGGAAGUGUAACAUCCUCCACGCUGACCUGAAGCCGGAUAAUCUUCUGGUCAAUGAGCAGCGCAACAUUCUCAAGGUCUGCGACCUGGGAUCCGCGUCUCCGGCGACGGAGAACGAGAUCACGCCGUAUCUCGUAAGUCGGUUCUACCGGGCGCCGGAGAUCAUUUUGGGCAUUCCAUAUGAUCACGCGAUCGAUGUGUGGUCGAUUGGAUGCACCUUGUUCGAGCUGUACACGGGCAAGAUCUUGUUUACGGGGCGGAACAACAACCAGAUGCUACGUUCCAUCAUGGAAUGCCGUGGCAAAUACCCGCCCAAACUUCUGCGGCGCGGGUCGCUGACGCCAAUGCACUUCGAUGACAUGCUCAACUUCCUCAGCAUGGAAGAGGACAAGAUCACCGGGCGGUCAGUCACGCGGGUGCUAGACUUCAAGAAGCCGACGCGGGAUCUGAAGACCCGGCUGAUGGGAGGCAAGGAGACCCGGGGCAUGACGGACAGUGAGGCGAAAGAGCUGGCCCAGUUUGUGGAUCUGUUGGACCGGUGCUUGAGUCUCAACCCAGAGAAGCGGUGCACCCCGACGGAGGCGUUGAAACAUCCCUUUCUGUGCCGGCCCAAGGUAUGAUGGAUGAAGCUUCCUUGCGGCCACUCGUUGUACAUAUUAUGUCAUAGUAGGACUGCCUCGCUUUCACGAUAUGAAUCAGGUAUGCACAGCCA